AUGGCUGACACUGCGCAGAGACAGGAGGAAGAGGGAAGCGAACACGGAGCAGAACGGGAAGACGAGGCUCGCGGGCAAGGAGAGAGACGAGGAGCAGGCGAGGAGAUGGAAAACGAAAGCGAGGGGGAAGAACAGGGAGCGCGCGGAAGGCGAGAGAGAACGGACGUGUUUUGUCCGUCGUCUCGCCCUGAAGCGUCUGCUGCGCAUCUGCGCAAAAGAAGAAAUGCAAAGAGAACUUUUCUCUCUUCAGUCUUUCCAGAUUCCUUGGUCUCGCCCUCAAUCUCGUCUUGUGAAGAAUCACUCGUCCCUUCUCGUUCGAGUACGCGACACUGCGAAGAGAGAGAGAAGGAAAAGCUACUUCCGGUUGACAUUCUCAUCAAUUCCCCAGGCGGCUCCGUUACAGCAGCGCUGGGGAUUUUGGAUCUUUUCCAGUCGCUCCCGUUCGACGUCCACACAACAUGCGUCGGCCAAGCUGCAGGUGUCGCCGCGAUGCUCCUCGCUGCAGGGACGCCUGGCUGCCGUCGCGCCUUUCCUUCGUCUCGCCUUUCUCUUCGGCAAAUCGAAGGCCGGGUAGAAGGCCAGGCGGAAGCAAUCGACCGAGAGACGCUCGAGAUCGAAAACGUCCAGCGCAUGGUGUACAGACACCUCGCGGCCUUCUGCACUGGCCGCCAAGCUCGGCGAGACGAGAGAGAACAGGAGAGAGAACAAGAGAGAGAAAGGCAGAUCGAGAAGAGAGAGAAGGCAAUUCGAGAGGACUGCGAAAAAGAGUUGUUUCUUAGCGCCGGCGAGGCGGUGAAGUAUGGGCUCAUAGACCGAGUCAUUCCCGUCAAAUACAGACCUCCCUGGCACACAGUGGGGCGCCCAAAAGCCGAUUGA